CGUUUUCGGAGGUGACACUUCAGGACGUCACAAGUACUCACUGCGUCACCUAUACCACACCACACGUCGAUGAAGCUUACACUCAUCUCAACCUUGUUGGCACUGUCGGGAGGUAUUCUUGCGUUGGAUGUUCAGGGCACCAUACGAUGGAAUGAAUUAUGUCCUUCUUAUGAUAACUUGGGUAACUCUAGAGUUGUUCUUGACAACGGGCUUGCAUCGGGGCGCAUAACGCGUAACGGGACGUUCUCAAUACCAGAUGUCCCUACUGGUGCUUACGUUCUGUCAGUCAUCUCUCAUGACUAUGUUUUUGACCAGCUUCUUCUAGACGUUGCGGACUCAGAGUCAACGCCUGACGUUCGAUCUCACAUUAUGGGAACGUCUUACUCGCCCUCGACGAGUGCAAACUUACCAUAUCCUGUGGUACUCGUUCCCCGGCACAAGAACAACUACUUUACGCCUCAUGAGUCUUUCAACCUUCUGGGAAUGUUCCAGAACCCCAUGAUGCUCAUUAUGGUCUUGACUGGUGCAAUGAUGCUGGCCAUGCCCUAUAUUAUGAAAAACUUGGAUCCCCAAACGCUGGAAGAGCUCAAGGGACAACAGGCUAGAGUAACAAGUCUUCAGAACUCGUUACAGAACGGGGAUCUUAACGCGGGUCUGUCCGCCCUGCUCGCUGCCGAAGAGGAAGCAAAGGGAUCCUCCACGGCUCGCGCGCCACCACAGGUAGCCCCGCAACAGCGCAAAGGCGCAAGAGGAGCCAAACGGCGAUGAAGCUUAAUAGACCUGAAACUUCAUCAUGACGAUGGCGUGCCAUUCGGAUUAUAACUACUACUUGGGGCGGGUUCGACACCACUCUUAGCUUUGACUGUAUUUGGGUAAUCA